AUUUGACUCAUUCUGUUCACAGAAGUAUAUCUGUUGGGCCACCGUUAACCUUUGGCAAUAGAAAAUAUUUGCGUUCCAGCAAUGCCGCACAAAAAGAGAAGCCAUGCCCAUGGCCAUCAUAAAAAGUCACAGGAGCAGAGAACAGCUUCUAGUACCACACUUGGAGAGCAGCAGGUGGAUGACAGGCCCUAUAAUACUCGAGCUGCUGCAGCCUCUAAGGCUCAGUCGCAGCCAAGACAGUAUUCACCCACUUCAGUCGCACAGGUGGCUGUGAAUCCAGCACAAUUUGAGAGUGCAUCAGCCGCCUCCACCAUGGCUACAAAGCCAGGGGUGGUGUCCGUGACAAUGGGUGGUGCCACAGCAAGUGAUGCCACAGCGGGAGGAAGUCCUACUACAGCAGGGACAACACAAAGAGGAACGGCCAAAGUGGCGAUGCCAGAGACGGCAUUCGUCUCUCCAGCAGGUGCUACUAUUAUUGACAUACCAACACCUGGGACCAAAGGCAGCCCUAAAGACACCCCAAAGCCGGCAUCCAUGCACCCGGCCAAAGCUACACCUCUUACCACGGGAGGAGGCAAUAUUGUAGGGGAGGCAGCAACUCCAUGGAAAGCUGAAGUACCAAAGCUUCAAGAGUCUCCGGAACAGACAGCCAAGACUGUGCCCACCACAUCAAGCAAAGUUGACAUGGCUAAAAAGGAUCCUGCUAAGUUGGUUACGGCUGUUGCUGCACCAGCUGCAGCGGCUGGAAAUGCCUCUCUGAAGGGGCCACAGACUAAGGUACAGGUGGAAGUAGUUCCCCCAGGAGCUAAGGCAGCCAAAGAGCCAGCACCCAUGCACCCAGCCAAAGCCACACCUCUUACCACGGGAGGAGGCAAUAUUGUAGGGGAGGUUACAACGCCAUGGAAAGCUGAAGUACCAAAGCUUCAAGAGUCUCCGGAACAGACAGCCAAGAGUGUGCCCACCACAUCAAGCAAAGUUGACAUGGCUAAAAAGGAUCCUGCUAAGUUGGUUACGGCUGUUGCUGCACCAGCUGCCGCGGCUGGAGAUGCCUCUCUGAAGGGGCCACAGACUAAGGUACAGGUGGAAGUAGUUCCCCCAGGAGCUAAGGCAGCCAAAGAGGAGCUUGCGGUGGACCCGUUCGAUGCCCUGGCUGAUUCCUUACCCUCAUCAGAGUCUUUCGCCCCUGCAGCCCAUGUAUACACCGGGCCAGAGGUGAUAGAGCAUGGAUUAUCCUCAAAGCUGGGGAAGAAGGGAGUGAUCUGGGGGAACGACUGCCCACUGCCCCCAGGAUACCGAUUUGAAGACAUGGCCCCAGUUGCAGAAGUCAAGCCAAAAGAUGUCCCGAAACCUAUGAGCACCGAUGAGGCUCUGGACUCCCUGUCCUUUGGGUUCACAACCUCUAUGGUUCCCAUCCCUCAGAAACAGGAGAAGAAAGUGGAAGACUUGGCUGCCAUUGAUGCCUUGUCUGCUGGCUUCUCAAACUUUGCUCCACUUCCACCCGCUCCCAUCAAGAAAGCUGAAGAGUUUAAGUCUGCACCUGUGACCAAGUCUCCUGCUCCCCCCGUUGACAAGAAAGCUAAGGUGGAAAAGUUUGCUGAUGACUUCUCUCUGAUGUCAGGAUUGGACUCCCCACUGGCCACCAAGCCCAAGACAGAUGAGACUGUGCCCACCACAUCAAGCAAAGUUGACAUGGCUAAAAAGGAUCCUGCUAAGUUGGUUACGGCUGUUGCUGCACCAGCUGCCGUGGCUGGAGUUGCCUCUCUGAAGGGGCCACAGACUAAGAAAGUUGAGGAUUUGGCUGCGGUUGAUGCCAUGUCUGCUGGCUUUUCAAACUUUGCUCCACCUCCACCCGCUCCCAUCAAGAAAGCUGAAGAGUUUAAGUCUGCACCUGUGACCAAGUGUCCUGCUCCCCCUGUUGACAAGAAAGCUAAUGUGGAAAAGAAACCCAUGAGCACCGAUGAGGCUCUGGACUCCCUGUCCUUUGGGUUCACAACCUCUAUGGUUCCCAUCCCUCAGAAACAGGAGAAGAAAGUGGAAGACUUGGCUGCCAUUGAUGCCUUAUCUGCUGGCUUCUCAAACUUUUCUCCACCUCCACCCGCUCCCAUCAAGGUACAGGUGGAAGUAGUUCCCCCAGGAGCUAAGGCAGCCAAAGAGCCGGCACCCAUGCACCCAGCCAAAGCCACACCUCUUACCACGGGAGGAGGCAAUAUUGUAGGGGAGGUUACAACGCCAUGGACAGCUGAAGUACCAAAGCUUCAAGAGUCUCCGGAACAGACAGCCAAGACUGUGCCCACCACAUCAAGCAAAGUUGACAUGGCUAAAAAGGAUCCUGCUAAGUUGGUUACAGCUGUUGCUGCACCAGCUGCUGCGGCUGGAAAUGCCUCUCUGAAGGGGCCACAGACUAAGGUACAGGUGGAAGUAGUUCCCCCAGGAGCUAAGGCAGCCAAAGAGGAGCUUGCUGUGGACCCGUUCGAUGCCCUGGCUGAUUCCUUACCCUCAUCAGAGUCUUUCGCCCCUGCAGCCCAUGUAUACACCGGGCCAGAGGUGAUAGAGCAUGGAUUAUCCUCAAAGAAGGGAGUGAUCUGUGGGGGGAACGACUGCCCACUGCCCCCAGGAUACCGAUUUGAAGACAUGGCCCCAGUUGCAGAAGUCAAGCCAAAAGAUGUCCCGAAACCCAUGAGCACCGAUGAGGCUCUGGACUCCCUGUCCUUUGGGUUCACAACCUCUAUGGUUCCCAUCCCUCAGAAACAGGAGAAGAAAGUGGAAGACUUGGCUGCCAUUGAUGCCUUGUCUGCUGGCUUCUCAAACUUUGCUCCACUUCCACCCGCUCCCAUCAAGAAAGCUGAAGAGUUUAAGUCUGCACCUGUGACCAAGUCUCCUGCUCCCCCCGUUGACAAGAAAGCUAAGGUGGAAAAGUUUGCUGAUGACUUCUCUCUGAUGUCAGGAUUGGACUCCCCACUGGCCACCAAGCCUAAGACAGAUGAGACUGUGCCCACCACAUCAAGCAAAGUUGACAUGGCUAAAAAGGAUCCUGCUAAGUUGGUUACGGCUGUUGCUGCACCAGCUGCCGCCGCUGGAGAUGCCUCUCUGAAGGAGCCACAGACUAAGGUACAGGUGGAAGUAGUUCCCCCAGGAGCUAAGGCAGCCAAAGAGCCAGCACCCAUGCACCCAGCCAAAGCUACACCUCUUACCACAGGAGGAGGCAAUAUUGUAGGGGAGGUGACAACGCCAUGGAAAGCUGAAGUACCAAAGCUUCGAGAGUCUCCGGAGCAGACAGCCAAGAGUGUGCCCACCACAUCAAGCAAAGUUGACAUGGCUAAAAAGGAUCCUGCUAAGUUGGUUACAGCUGUUGCUGCACCAGCUGCCGUGGCUGGAGAUGCCUCUCUGAAGGGGCCACAGACUAAGAAAGUUGAGGAUUUGGCUGCCGUUGAUGCCUUGUCUGCUGGCUUCUCAAACUUUGCUCCACCUCCACCCGCUCCCAUCAAGAAAGCUGAAGAGUUUAAGUCUGCACCUGUGACCAAGUCUCCUGCUCCCCCUGUUGACAAGAAAGCUAAGGUGGAAAAGUUUGCUGAUGACUUCUCUCUGAUGUCAGGAUUGGACUCCCCACUGGACACCAAGCCGAAGACAGAUGGGGGUGGCUCCAUGUCCCUGGAUGCUCUCAGUGCUCUGGGAGACUCUCUGCCUGCUCCAGAACCAGCACCUGAACCUCCCAAGAUUAGACAUGAGGACAUAGUCACGGAGGGCAAACUCACAUCGAAGAAGGGAGUUUUUGUGGGUGAGCGAGAUGACACACUCCCACCAAAGUACAGGUUCACAGAAAACAAAGUCAAAGACCUGCCUCCUCUGAAGCCAGAGCCCUCCAUGGACUCUGGUGAGGCUCUGGAGAUCUUGUCAGGUGACUUCAUGUCUUCCUGUGUGGCUCCAGCUGUCCAUGCUCCUGUCCUCUGCCCCCCAGCUCCUCCCACACAGGCCUCAGAUGACUUUGCCUUGGAUGCCCUGGCAGGGGACUUUGUAGCCCCAGCUGUUGCUCCUGCAGUCAAAUCUGCUGUUGACCGCCAGCUAUCUAGAGGGACAGUAGAUGCUCUGGAUACCUUGUCAGACUCCCUGAUGGACAAGGCUCCUAUCCCAGAGCCUGCUCCUGUCUCAGUCAGAGACAUUGUCAAGGAGAAAAAGGUUAUAGAGGAGAAGCUUACCAAAGUGGGGGAGAGGGAUGACAGCCUUCCAGCUGAGUACCGGCCCACAGAGAAAGACCGAAAGGCAAUGGCAGAGGCCAAAGUCCAGGCUGAUGUUAGACCCAAGCAGCCGUCAAUGGAUGACAGCGAGGCCCUUGACCUCUUGUCUAGAGACUUGUCUUCCUCAACUGGUCCAGCUGCAGCCUCAGUAGUCGUGACAACAGAGCAGAGACAGCCCCGACUGGAGCCCAUGUCUGCCCCUGUCCUGGAUGACCUGGCAGGCACCCUGUUCCCAGACACCCCCGAGUUCAAAUCCAAGGGAGACAAGCCAAAGAGCAAGUCGAGGUCAAAGUCAAAGAAACAAAGGAAGGAGGAUCCGUCAUCCAUAGACCAUCUGUCUGGACAGCUGAGUUCAGAUGUAGUGUCAGCAUCCACAAAUAAGGAUGGUUUCUAGCGCACUACAUGUCCCCUGCCACACGGUGGCGCCACUCGAGGGAGCUGCUGUGAAUGAUUAUAUUUUUCUAAAUGGUGGAGAACAUAUACUGGAUUUUUUUUAAAACAUGACCACACACUUACACACAUGCGCAUGUACACACACACACACCACAGUGUGCAAUGCCUUUCCUGCUUGGUUUCGCAUAUGACAGAAGAUUGUACUAGUUUUUGGUUUCUUUCAUUUGAGACGAGGAGAGCAAAAUAAAGAGAGGGAACGAGAGCGAGCGAGGGAGGGAGUUUGUCCUGACUUAUUUCCCAGGAUUGAACAGAGAAUCUGUCCAAUCCUGUAAGGAAAUUAAAUCUAGGCUUUGCCUUUCAAGUGGUCUGACUGACUGUCCAUCCUAGCUAACUGCCUGCAUUGCCCCAACGUUGCAGUGACGUUGCUGCAACAUUGCUACAGCGUUGGGGGUAAUAGUGAGUGUCAUGUGUUUAGGAACAGUAUAUAGGGGUUAUGUGGGAUUGGGAUAUCUGUCCAAUAUUGAUGUACACAGAAGAGUGAGUAUUCUCUUAAGUGGACACCCACCAUAAUACACUAGUGUACAGCACAGUCUGCUCAAUAUUGAAACGUAUAAAAGGAUUUACAGGAAAUGAUCUGCUUGAUAUGGAUGCAUCUGUGAGCAAUUCUAUAUAUUUACUUUCUGUAAAGCAAUAUCUAUUAAGAAGGGUUUAUAUAUGUGUGAACUUUACCUUAUAAAAGCAUUUAUUGGUUUCAGAAAGUGGACACAGAAGUUAACUUAGGCAGUCACUAUGUCUGUAAACUGUCUUUGUUUGUAACCUGUAAAGACUUGUUCUAGAUAUGAGGACACUGUCAUUUACACAGUCUAAAGGGCUAUCACUUCUAGUCAAAAAGUCCAACGCUUUGUGGAUUAUUUCCCCAAAAUGGUAUCACAGAAUUCUACAUAUUUAGGUGCAGGUCUCAAACUUAAAACUUGAGAGAUAUUUUCGAAAUGGGAAUUCUAAUUAAAUAAAUACAAAUAAUAAUUGUAUUGUGUGUAUUCAGCAUUCAUGUGUCUGGAGUAACUCCUUGUGCCACCCUCAACAAUCGAAAACAGAAAACGACUUUUUUACAUGGGGUAACCUAAAAUGUACAUUGCCAAUAAAUAAAUGAAUGCCUAUAACAAGACAUGACAGUAUUAUAAUACAUUUGUGUAAGAGGGUCUUUCGGUAUAGGGAACUUACGGUAUAUCUGUGUUGCAGUUAAAGGGAAGAAAGUUAUACUAUUUUAGAAAUAUUUUCACAUGUAAUAUUAGGACCAUCUUUCGCUUGUACAAAGCAGCGCAGGUGUUUUUAAUUUUAUUUUACAAAGCUCCUUCCACCUUGAGUUUUGGAACGUGUGUUCAACCUCGACUCAAGUCUUCUUUUUGUGUCUUUUGUUUGUGCAACGGCCUUCGGCGCUUGAGGAGUAGAAUUUGAGUGUCGUAAAUAAAACAUAAUAAAAAUCGAUGUGGUUUCACCA